AUGAAAAACGAAAAAUUUUAUUCUGUAACCAGAAUAAUCAUUAUCUUGGCACUCGGUGGCUUGUUAUUGGGCCUAGACAUCUCAUCUAUGUCAAUUUUUAUUGGAUCCGAAUUUUUCAAUAAAUACUUUAAUUAUCCAACCCCUCUCCAACAAGGAUUAAUAUCAGGAUCCAAUCCAUCAGGUGGAUUGAUAGGAUGUUUGCUAUCUAGUACUCUAUCAGAAAAAUUAGGUUUUCCCAACACGGCUAGGUUAACUGCUUUGGUUUGGUUGUUUGGUUCGGUGGUAGCCUCGCUAAGUUUUGACAUUUGGUGGGUUAUUCUAAGCAGAUUUUUUAAAGGAAUUUCAAUUGGUAUAUUUAGCAGCAGUAUCCCUGUCUAUAUUAGUGAAAUCAUUCCAUCAAACAAAAAGGGACUGGUGACUUCAACCAUGCAAUGGGCGUUGACCUGGGGAAUAUUAUUAAUGUUUUACAUAACUUUGGUUGCCGAGUAUUAUCUUGGAAACACUGCCAUUUCAUUUAGAUUAAGUUGGGCAAUUGAGGGACUUCCAGGGUUGCUUUUAUUCUUUGUAUCAUGGGGGCUACCUGAAUCGCCAUCCUGGUUAAUUAUGCACGGAGAGCUAAGCAAACUGGAAAAAAUUGUUAGAGAGUUAAAAGGCGAAAAAUUUAUAGAAAACAAAAUCGAUUUAAUUAAUAAGACUGAAAUGACCGCUACUAACAACAGUGACAAACGUUUAAGAUUUAUAGAUUUGUUUAAAAGACCGAUAUUACCACACUUAUUAUGCGGGAUUGUUAUGCAGAGCUUGGUGCAGUUUUGUGGUAUAGGUGUUUUAAUGUAUUAUAUGGUUUACAUUUGUGAAAUGAUCGGGUUGAGAAAUAAUUUAAAACUAUGGGCAACCUCAUUACAAUAUAUUUUUAAUGUAAUUUUCACCAUCUUUCCCAUAAUGUUGAUGGAUAAGUUGAAAAGAAAAGAUAUCAUUGUUUAUGGAUCAUAUUUAUUGUCUCUAUGCAUGAUAAUCAUAGGAACUAUCUUGGGAGUAUAUGGUCACGAAGUAGCACCAAUCAAUGGCAAUACAGCGGUUGUUUGGGAAAUUAAAGGUAUUCCAGGAACAAUAGUUUUAACAUUUUGCUAUGUAUUUGUUAGUAUAUUUGCUGCUUCUUUAUCAUGUGCAGCAUGGGUAUACACAAAUGAAAUAUUGCCCACAGUAGCUAAAGUCAAAGGUACAAGCGUCUGCAUGUCUUUUAGCUGGUUCUUCAAUUUUAUCUUAACAUUUAUGGCACCAUGUUUAUUAAGUAAAAUCAAAUGGGGUACAUUUAUUAUGUUUGGGACCAUGUCAUUUUUAUUGAACACAUUGAUCGUAUACAAAUUCCCAGAAACCAAAGGGUUAAAAGAUGAAGAAGUUGCAGUACUAUUUAUAAGCAAUAGGGAAGAUGUUGAUAAUAAAAUUACAGAAGAACAAUAUGAACUAGAUAGAGCAGCAAAAAAUAACAAAUAUCAUGUAGAUAGUAGUAUUAAAAAUAGUUCUAUUAGUAAUGAUAGUACUCCCUUUAAUGAACAAAAUGAUCCCUCGAAGCAAUCUACUAUAUCAUCAUCUAUUUUUAAAAUAAGAGGUGCGCCUUUUUGA